CAGAAACUGUAUUGGGUCAUUGGGACAUGACAGGCAUGAAGCUGUCAAUAAGGCCUGUCGUGGAAGAAGGUGGAAUCAGCAUAGCCUCCUCCCUCCCUCCCUCCCCCCAUCUGAACACACUAGAUGACCAUCGUUGGAUCCUCCGGAGCUCCAUCAGAGAGACGCCGUGGAUCAGUGGCUGCAGGCGGGCGGGGACACAAGCGAACAACCCAGCGCACGGAUCAACGCGGCGGAGGAGGAUGAACGGGACCGCAGCGGCCACCGGAUCGGCUUCCUGCCGUUUCGCCCACUAUUUUGUUGUGUGUGGAGUGGACACGGAGACGGGCCUGGAGCCGGACGAUGGAGCAGGCGAGGCCUUUGAGCAGAGCCCCAUUCGUCGGUCCUUCAAGUCAAAGGUUCUGGUGCACUACCCUGAAAGCACAGACAGGAACCCCUUCAAUAAAGAUGCUGUGAACAUGCUCUGUAUGCCGAGAGGUCUUUCCUUCCGUACGCAAGCAGACCGGCUCGAUCCCCAGUUUCACUCGUUCACGAUGUCUUUUGACGAUGGCACGCGUUCCUACGGCUUUGUCCACACCUUCUACGAGGAGGUGACUAGUGCUCAGAUCAUCACUGCCAUGCAUACUCUCUACCAGAUGCACCACGUGGAGCAUCAUUCAGCUUCCUCUGCCUCCUCUCCCUCUUCAUCGUCUUCGUCUGCUUCCUCGCCGUCCACCUCCAGCAUGGACUCACUUGUGAGCAGCUUGGAUGAGUCAGACGUCGAGUCUCUGGCCGGGGUGACCACCUGCCUCGGCUGUGCAGGCUCCUUUGAUCCAGCACGAGACACUCUGUACGUGUCUAAAGCCCUCUGCAUCUUCACGCCGCUCCCCUUCCUUCAAGCUGCCCGACAGUUUCUGUCUCAGUUGCACCAGGCUGUGACAUCGCACACACCCCCACCCCUCCCUCUGGAGAGCUACAUCCAUAACAUCCUGUACGAGGUGCCCCUGCCUCCUCCCGGUAGGUCGCUGAGGUUCCAUGGGGUGCAGGGACCCAUCAUUUGCCAGCGCCCUGGGCCCGGUGAGCUUCCACUGGGGGAGUAUCCUCUUGGAGAGGCCUUCUCCCUCCUGGGUGUGGACAAUAUGGUGCAACUAUUUACCUGUGCACUUCUGGAGACGCAAGUCCUACUUUGCUCUCAAGACUAUCAGCGCUUGAUGACAGUGGCAGAGGGCAUCACCACUUUGCUAUUUCCAUUCCAGUGGCAACACAUCUACCUGCCCAUUGUUUCUGCUCCACUACAUCACCUCCUGGAUGCUCCCGUGCCGUUCCUGAUAGGUAUCCAGCGCCGAGAAGGAGCUCAGCGAUCCUCCUUCCACCUGCCUCACGAGGCCAACCUGUGCUUUGUGGACAUUGACAACCACUGUGUCGAGGCCCCUGAGGACCUUCCCGUGUUUCCAGACCAGAUCGAGCUGAUCCAGGAACUGAGUGAGGUACUGUUGCGUUUUGGGCUCCCUCCUCAGGGCGGUGCGAUCACUAAGCCCACAACCACCUCCCCUCGCCUGAACAGCCUGGUGCUGGAGGAUCUGAUGGAGGACAGAAGGAACGGGAACCUCGGAGGCGAGGAGUUGGCGGUGCUGGAGAGGCUGCAGGCUCUGGCACGGAGGUGCGGAGGAGGAAAAAUAUCAGAUGGAGGGAAGACGCUGGGCCACGUUUUUGAGGAGGAGGAGGAAGAGCUGAAGGCUGCGAAGCUAAACAUUCAGCUAAGGGAGGUGUUUGCUGGACGUUUUGCUGCCAUGUUUGGCAGGUAUGAGGACUUUGUCAUCCACAGCGCUCUUGAUUUGGACUCCUGGUUGAGCAACCGAGAGGGGACAUUCAGCUUUGACAAGGGUUCCUUCCUCUCGGUUCAGCCUGCGACCCACUUGCACUUCUUGUCCCGGUUCCUGGAGACUUCCAUGUUUUCUUCUUUUGUGGACGGGAAGGUCAUAUCUCGCUGGGCGGAUAGAGAGCCACUGCAGCAGCUGUUUGACAGCCGUCUGGAGAGAGAUCGACUAUAUGACACAGACGAAGAGGACUCCCGUACCCCCUGCCGCUACAGGAAGUGCACCUCACUCUUUGAGUCAGCUCAGGCCAUCGAGCGCAGGCUGCUGAAGGCCGACCACACAGCCAUUCACCCCCACCUGCUGGACAUGAGGAUCGGCCAGGGUCGUCACCAGCAGGGCUACUUCCCCAAGCUGCAGGCUGAUGUGCUCGCACAGGGACAAAACACCAACAAGUGGUCCAGUCGGGUUACAGCUUCACGCAGGACCGACCCCAAGAGAUCAACAGUGGCCGAACACUCAGGAGUGGACAAUGACCAGAGACAGAAGCACACAUUUGCAAGGAAGAACCUCCGCCAGUCUAAGCUGCUUGACUCAUCGCCUCAAGCCAUCACUCAGACUCACCGCGAGUUCGUUGACGGGCUGCUGAGCGAGUGUCGUCUGAAGACCAAACGGAUGUUGAUGGAGAGGAUGGGGAAGGAGAGUGUGGAACUGGGUCAGGGAGAAGCCAACAUCACAGGCCUGCAGGAGAACACACUCAUCCACGGUCUGUGUGACCUACUGGAGAGAACCUGGGGCCAUGGUCUGCAGCUGAAACAGGGGAAGUCUGCUCUUUGGUCCCAUCUGCUUCACUACCAGGCAGCCCAGGGGAAGACAGAGACACCAACUGAGUCUCCAGGGUCCAACGGUUCAGAUCAGAGAACAUUUGAUGAUGGCGCUCUGCUCCUGAGAGAAUCCUUAAUACAGGAUAUGAGGUUUAUCCAGACUAUGAAUGAGGGUCUGUCUGAGGUGGGUCAGGCUCGGGCAUGGAUCCACCUGGCUCUGGAGAAGAAAAUGCUGUCCCAACACCUGAAAGAGCUUCUUACAAACCAGGAGCUGCUCAGGCAGCUGUAUAAACCACAUGCAUUCCUGCUCUGUGAGGAAGAAAGGGAGCAGUUUUUGUUCCACCUGCUCUCUCUCAACACUGUGGACUACCUCUGCUUCACACGCGUCUUCACCUCCAUCAAUAUUCCAUACCGUAUUGUUAUCAUACCCAUGAAGAAGCUGAGCAUUGCAAUGGCGACAGUUAACCCUUGGGUGUGUGUGUCGGGAGAACUGGGUGAUUCAGGAGUUAGACAGAUAUCGAAGAACACGCAAGAGAUUUUUUUCCAGUGCAAGAACCUGGGCAGACUGAGCACUCUGCAGCUGGGCCAGGAGAACUCUGGCUUACUGGCCAAGUGUCUGAUAGACUGUGUGAUGGUGUAUAAUGAGAUCACUGGACACACCUACAAGUUCCCAUGCGGCCGAUGGCUGGGGAAAGGUGUGGGCGAUGGCAGCCUGGAAAGAGUUCUCAUUGGUCAGCUGGUGUCACCUGGUGGGGAGGAGGAUGCUGGAAGGUGGACAGGGACGCCACCGGAGCUGGCCUCUCCUUCCCAGAGUGUGCGGGCAGUCCUGGGAUCGCUUGGCAGCCGAAGCAGAAUGCUGUCUGUUGAAGUGCAAGAGGACAUGAGGGAGGCGGCGAAUAACCUUGUGAAACACUUCCACAAACCCGAACAAGAGAGGGGAAACUUGACAGUGUUGUUGUGCGGUGAAGGAGGCCUGGUGCUUUCUUUGGAGAAGUUCCUCUUGCAUGGGUUUAAAUCGAACCGUCUUUUCCAGAGGAACGUGUUUGUUUGGGACUUUGUGGAGAAAGCAGCGGUUUCCAUGGACACAGCUGAUCAGAUGGGUGACCUGCAUGGAUCAACACUCACAAAGGGUCUGCCCUGCGACUCGCUGUGCCACUAUGUCAACGCCAUCAAUGCCUCGCCGCGAAACAUUGGAAAGGAGGGCAAGUUCCAGCUGUUCGUCUGCCUGGGAAUUAGGGACCGGCUUCUCUCUCAGUGGCUCCCCGUGCUGGCCGACUGUCCCCUGACAGCACGGACUUACGAGGAAGGCGCUCUCCUGCGGGACCGUGCCGCCGUGCACUCUCUCUCCCGCAUCCUACACACGCUCAAUGAUUUCACAGUCACCCUGGAGACUGCACUGGUGAAAGGAGUUGACCUCUGACCCUGCCAGGGGAUCACAGAAGCUUUUAGUAACCCACUGCAGGAAUGCUGAUGGGUUCAUAUGUUCAUCUUUUCAUCUGCGGGAAACAGGACACUUGAGAAAUGUGACUUUAUCAUAAAAAACAGGACAGUGGACUCAGAUGAAAGUCACUGGCAACUCCAGCUCCAAACAUAAUGCCUUGUUCACUGAUGUAAAUGUCUUAUAUACUGUAUUUGCUUCAGGAAAUAGUCCGAUUUUUUCCUAUGCUUGUUUACACUGUGAAAUUCUGUUUCCCCAAGGAGAAAUAGAGAGUCAUUCAUAAUCCCACAUUUACAGUAGAUAUUUUCACAGCUCCAAGUCAUUUACUGUACCCGAUCCUAGGGGACGACUAUAACCCUCCUACAACUGCUGUAUUGCUUGCACUUGACUUUUAAACUAAGCACAUGCAUGGCCAAAAUCUGUUUGGUUUGUUGUACGUCUUCAGUGUGUUGUGAUCUGAAAUACCAGGACUCAGGCUUUAUUAUAUAUAAACUUCUUUUUUUUUUUUUUUUUAAUUCAUUGGAUAUCUUGGUAAAUAUACUCUAUAAUACAAAAUGUUAUAUUAUUAUGCUCUUGUUAUUUCUUGCCUGUUUCCCUUUGUUUAUUUCGAUUCGGGGUCACACGCUGCAGAGUCAAGCUCGUGAGUCUUCAGUUGGGAAACAUUGAAAACCAAACUGGUGUGUCCUAAUUGUGUCAGUUCAAAUAGUCUUCGUCACUUUGUCAGAAACCUUUUUUUUUUUGGUUCCCCCUCCUCCCUCUUUUGUUGUAAAUAUUUUUGCUUCAUUAGAUAUUUGAUAGAAUUGUGCCCAUUUGUUAUUAUGGUGUAAUGAAUUUGUGACAUAUUUUUUAUGUAUAAAGGCAUCUUUUGUGUGUGUGUGUGUGUGUGUGUGUGUGUGUGUGUGUGUGUGUGUGUGUGUGUGUGUGUGUGUGUGUGUGUGUGUGUGUGUGUGUGUGUGUGUGUGUGUGUGUGUGUGUGUGUGUGUGUGUGUGAAACAAUAGAGUUAAACUAUGGACACACUUUACUGAUUAUGUGGAUGAUAGUCAGGCUGUUUGUUUCUAAGCUGUUCAUCUGUCUUCAGACAAUGAAUAGAGCACAGGUUCUUUAUGAACGCUAGGUAUUAUGUUGAUGUCCCAUUUAAUUUAACAGUUAUUAUGAAAAUGCCGUCUCCUGCACUGUCCUGCAAGCACUAUGUAACCCACGAUGACCGAGCCUCUAUUAUCAUUUAAAUACAAAUUAGAGAAAAGCAAUAAUGAAUUGUUAUUUAUGAAAUGUGUUGUCAAAAGAUUAAAGUUAAUAUUGACAUAA